AUGACUGUGUUCAUGGUUUUAGUAACCAGUAAGGCCAGCUUCCUUUGCUUGGAUAGCAAAACAGAAAGGUUGGCCCGAGACAUUUUCCAAGAUGUCAGAGACGAACCACUGACAGCUCUCUGUGUUCUAAAAGGUGGAUACCGCUUUUACACGGAUCUGCUUGACAAAAUCACGACACUGAACCGAUCUCAUGGUUCCGUGUCAGUCCCAAUCAAUGUGGAUUUUAUCAGACUAAAGAGUUAUGAGAAUGACGAAUCAACUGGGCAAAUCCGUGUCGUUGGUGGAGACAACCUCAGUGGGCUUCGUGGACAAAAUGUAUUAGUCGUAGAAGAUAUUAUUGAUACUGGCCGUACCAUGGAGAAGUUGUUGGCCAUCCUAGCAAAUCAUGGGCCAAAAUCUGUGAGAGUUGCAUCUUUGCUAGUCAAGAGACGACAGGGAUCCACCGGUUAUCGCCCUGACUACACUGGUUUUGAAAUUCCUGAUAAAUUUGUUGUUGGAUAUGCAUUGGAUUACAACGAAUACUUCAGGGACCUUAAUCAUAUAUGUGUGAUCAAUGAAAAUGGCAAGAAGAAAUAUGCCAUUACUGAAUAGCACAAUCAUCCAGUACAAUGAAGAACUCUUGCUAAAAAUUCAGGCAGUGUAUUUGAUGUCACAAAAAAAAUAAGUAAAAGGUACCACAACUUUUUUCCUAGGCAUGGCUUCUGUGUUUCUAAUUUGUUAAAUUGCUUUCACUUAUGGCAUAUUUUGUAGCAUAUUCAGCUACAUUAUGUUACUUCAGGUGAGUUAUAGAAUUACCAUCUUUUAAUUAAAUUAUGAAGUAGUAUAUUGCAAUAUAAUUAGAUACACAGACUGCAGCAGAACCCUAAAUCAAAACUUUCUUUUGUAACAAGAAUGGUGACAUUAAGCUUGUUCUUGCAUGUAAAAGUGUAGACAAUUAAAAUACAUGGGAAUAUAUAAACAGAUUUGCUAAGCUGUUGUAAGUACCAGUUAGGUAUAUACUUAAAAUUCUGCUCAAAUUACCAGGGAUUAAGAUAACAGCCAGUAAGUUACACCAAGGUAGAUUGAUUUUACACAGAGCUUUAUCAGAUUUGGAUAGGAAGAGCUAGUGCCAUACACUCAAAAUGGACUCCUGUUAAUACUGUGUUUGCUAUAAUUUUUGUGAUUUUAAGAGGUUGAAACUGAGGUCCUGUUUCACCCCCAAAAAAUUAUUGUAUCCAAAAAUUUUGCCAUAAAUAUAAAGCAUUAUAUUGAGACAUUUAUUUGUUAAGCUUAUAUCAGUGUUUACUUUUUAAAAGAAAACUCUACAUUCUUGUAUCCAACAUUCCUCUUUUAGCAACAUUAUAGGAUCUUAACAAAAAAAAUAUAUAUAAGUGGUUGUAAGAAAAGUAAAACAGUAAAUGGUUGUUGAAAACUCAGAACUAAGGCUGCAUUUAGUGCAACAGUUCUGCGAUAUAGAUAUUUUAUUGAUAUUAGUUAAAUGAAUUCUGUUUGCAUAUAUAUUUAUGCAAGAUUGUUUAUAUAAUUAUGUUAUGUUAAAUCAAGAAAUGGAACAUUUUAUAUAUUAUAAAAUAGACCACAAUUUCUUUGCUUAAGAAAAUUUUAUAUGCAAAAAGAUUACUAUUUUUGCACUAAAACAGGAAAUCAUACACAACUAUACUUUCCUGUCCAUUUGUAUAGCUUGGAAAUUAAAUAAAAUUUCAAAGUGAAUCACUUUUUAUGACCCCAUUUUAUCAAAAGUAUCCACAACAGCCAUUUCUCACUUGAUAUCUGAGGUACAACUAGAAAUAAAAUAACACAGUCCAGUGAUAUCAUAAUAUUAACUGCUUUAUUUAUUAUUAUUCAUAACACUCUUGUGUAUGAUGCAUACACAUUACAAUAGGUGGACAAAAUUUUCAAAACAACUGCAGUCAAUUCACAGAACACAAACAGUGAAGGAUAAAAAUUGUAUUCGUUCUUUCUGAGACGUCGUUGAUUCCCCAAAUAAAUUUUCAAAAUCUU